GCCUCCCUCACUCCUCCUGUCACCUUGACACAAAGCCUGCCCAUUCAGACCCCACCGAUGGGACCGCCUGAGGUGUCAAUCUCUCCUGACCCCGCCCCUGAACCACACCGGGCGGAGCCACGGCACUUGGCCAAUCACAACGAGCCACCGCCGCCAGGUGAGAUGGAGGCGGGGCCUUACAUGGUGUCAGAGCCACCAAUCAGAUCAGCCGACAGCGGACCUCAGGGAUACCACAUGCCUAUGAUUGGUCACCCUCCACCCAUAAGGCCCUCCCACCCAUCAGGUCCACCUCCACAGCCCUCCCAUUCCCACAGAGGAGGACCCAGACCACCUUGGGACAGGUACGACACGGAUCAAACAGGACUCUAGAAUAUAGAGGUCA